GCGUAGUAAAAUGGUGGGAAUGCUUACAAAAGCUAAGGGAGGUAGAAAAAUCGUGUAGUAUCUGAGGUAUUACUGUUCACAUCUUACCGUUAUAUGAAAACAUACUUUUACUAUCGCAGUGAUUGAAUUCAAUUGAGUUCCACGUUCCAAUACCCAUGAUCAGAGACAUCAGAGACGAGUAGAUAUGUAUGUAUACAUAUUGGAUAUGUAUGUAUCUAGUAUCUACUCGUUCUGCACUGAUAAUAUGUACUUGCAAAUUUGAAACAUAAACAAACAAACGUCAAAUAAGAACUUAAUGACAGGAUUGAAUAGGAAUUUACUAGUAGCUACGAGGUAGAUUACAAAUAUGUCAUCGGCUCAUUUAUCAGCUGGUCGAUUAAAUGUAAGCAUUAUUCAAGAGCAAGCAAGGAAACAAUUACUUUGCUUACUUGAAAAAUGUGAUGGCACAAAGGUAAUUAUAUGGGAUCAAUCUCUCGAAGGACCAAUUGGUCUUGUCGCAAAAUAUAAUUUAUUGGAGGAACAUGAUGUGGUCAAAAUGUAUCCAUUAUGUGGUGGACAUUUAUCAAUACCACCAAAUAUUGCUAAUGUAAUAUUUAUUACUAGGCCACAAUUGGAUCUUAUGGAUUUAAUUGCUGAAAAUGUUCAUGGUGAAGAAGAAAGAAGACCACGCAAAGAAUUUCAUCUCUUUUUUGUACCUCGGAAAAGUCUCCUUUGCCAAAAGAAACUUCAGAAUCGAGGAGUAUUUGGUAGUUUUACCUUAAUAGAGGAAUUCAAAUGUGAUUUAUUUCCCUUUGAUAGCGAUCUUUUGUCUAUGGAACUCAGUGGAGCAUUUAAAGAAUUUCAUUUAGAAAAUGAUCCUACAUGUUUGUAUCAAGUAGCACAAGCUAUUCAUGGUUUGCAAAGAAUAUAUGGGAAGAUUCCAAAAAUCACAGGCAGAGGUCCUGCUGCUAGUAAAGUGUGGGAGCUAUUAGAAAAAUUAAAUCGAGAAGAAGAGGAUAAUAAAGCAACAUCUACACAGUCAACUAUUAUAGAACAUUUACUGUUAUUAGAUCGAUCCGUGGAUUUACUUUCACCUUUAGUUACACAGCUGACAUAUGAAGGAUUAAUAGAUGAAAUUUUUGGAAUAAAAUAUAAUGCUGUUCUGUUACCAGCAAAAAGAUUUCAUGAUUCAGAGGAUUCUCCAACAGCAAUGUCUCUUAAGGAAAAGGAACAAAUCAUACUUAAUUCUAGUGAAGAGCUAUUUGCAGAAAUUAAGGACAAAAACUUUAAUGGUGUAGGACCAGUGCUUAGUAAAAAAGCUAGAGAUAUUUCGUCACAGUUGGAUGGAAAAUAUGGAGAUAAAAGUGUGCAAGAGAUUAAGCAAUUCGUAGCACGGUUACCACAUAUGUUAGCUACCAAACAAUCAUUAGCAAAACAUGCAACAAUAGCAGAAAUGAUAAAAGAAGUCACAGAUUCUUGCAGCUUUUUGGAGUCUCUACAAAUUGAACAAGAAUUGUUGAAUUGUAUCGAUACAGAUAAACCAAAUGCUUAUAUAGAAGAUCUGAUAGCCCAACAACAACCGAUCCUUAAGGUUUUACGGCUCCUUUGCAUACAGUCCUUAACAAAUUCUGGCCUUAAACUGAAACUACUAGAUUACUAUAAAAGGGAAAUAAUACAAACAUAUGGUUAUCAACAUCUGCCAACUAUGUUGAACUUGGAAAGGGCUGGACUAUUAAAGCAACAGCAAUCUAAUCGUCAAUAUUCUAUUUUACGGAAAGCAUUAAGGCUUACAGUUGAAGAUGAAAGUGAAAUUACUCCAAAAGACAUCAGUUACGUACAUUCGAUAUAUGCACCAUUAAGUAUUCGAUUAGCAGAACAUCUUGUGCAACCGAAUGGAUGGUUGGGCUUAAGUGAUGUAAUGGGUUUAUUACCAGGUCCUACUGUAAAUAGUGUUCCAGUUAAUGUUCCAUCUUCUGGACGAAGAAAUUCUAUUACGAGUGAAGAUUCCAAUUCUGAACCACCAAAAUUGGUAAUGGUCUUUUUCAUUGGAGGAUGUACGUUUGCAGAAAUUUCUGCUCUUAGGUUUUUAUCCCAGCAAGAAGAUUCAAAUGUGGAAUUCGUUGUCUGCACAACAAAGGUAAUAAAUGGGAACACAUUUUUAACAUCAUUGAUGGAAGAUUUAGAGAAUUUAUAACUUAUUAUACAUAAUACUAUUUUAAUUGAUGCAGUGCAAAAUAAAUGCAGAGUUAUACAAAGAGAAUUGUUAUCUUCAAUAGCUUUCUGUAUUUAUUAUUUUCAAACAAUUUAUAUAUAACUAAUGAUGUAUAAUAUGUAAAUUAUUAUUAUUUGUUUGUAGUAUUUAUUUGAUUUAGAGGUAAACAUGUAUGUAAUCAUAAGACUUUUUCAACAUGAAGAAAGUAAAACACCGAAUAUUUACUUUAAUGUAUUCAAACAAUGAAAACUGUCUUUCAAAUAUAUUACAAUAAAAUAUCUCAUUGUAGAACAAA